CUGGGUAACAGCUGCCGUCCUCUGGUACCUGCUCUCCCAAGUUUGUGUCCUGGGGCUGUGUGCUCAGACUUGACCAUGUUUGGGCAUGGAGGGUUGUCUCAGAUGGGAACCAAAGACUGCUUCCCCAGAGACGGGCUGGGAGCCCAGACUUCCUGCUGGAGCUCAGGCGGCCUCUUUUGGGGUGGGGGGCCAGGCAGAAAAGUGCCUGCAGAAGACUCACAGGCCACCGGGGAGACUAAAUGACUGCUGUCCCUGGUGGACAUGGGGAAGAAGCUGGUGAUGGCCCAGAAGCGGGGAGAGACCCGAGCUCUUUGCCUGGGUGUGGCCAUGGUGGUGUGUGCCGUCAUCACCUACUACAUCCUCUGCACGACCAUGCUGCCCCUCCACCAGAAAAGUGUGUGGACUCAGGAAACCAUGUGUCACCUGAUUGAUACCGACAUCAGGGACCAGGAGUUGCUGGAGGGCAAGAGGGUGCCCCAGUACCCGUGCCUGUGGGUCAACGUGUCAUCCAUGGGCCGGUCGGCCGUGCUCUACCACACGGAGAACACGCGGGACCGGAACAAGCAGUGCUCCUACAUCCCAAGAAACGUGGAAAACUACCAGAUGGCCCAGGCCGAUGUGGAGAAGGUUAGAGCCAAAUUCCAAGAGCACCGUGUUUUCUGCUGCUUCUCCACGCCCCAAGAGAAUGAGACCAGCGUCCUGUAUCAGCGUCUCUACGGGUCCCAGAACCUCCUCUUCUCCCUCUUCUGGCCCACCUUCCUGCUCACCGGUGGCCUCCUCAUUAUUGUCAUGGUGAAGAUCAACCAGUCCCUCUCCAUCCUGGCGGCCCAGAAGUAGACCCAUCCACGCUGCAUCCCUGCUCGGGCCGCAGGGGACUGGAUAGGCCCCCAGGCUGCUCCCCACUUAUGUCCCCAUGCCUCCUCCCCCUGCCUUCCCUCUCUCCCCCUCCUAUGUUGUCUGUCUUCUGCUUCGUGGAUGGUCUUUGGGAAAUCCCUUUGUUAAGUCAUUUCCUGCUCAAGAAUGCACAAUGGCUCCUCAGGGCCCAAGAGGAUGGAAGGCCAACCGGUGAUAGAUCUCCAUUCCCUGUCCCCACUCAGCUGACUCAAACCUGUUUCCUGCUGUGCCACUGUCCACUGCACUGAUGACCAUGAUUCUGACUUCUGUGCCCGUGUCCUGGGGGUUGGGUCGAAGACCUGCUGGUCCCACCCAGGAAGCCAUCCCUGGCAAACCUCCGUUCCUUCUUUGAAUUCCACAGUGAAAACAACAGCAGCCCCCAUAGACAGAGGACAUUUAGAACACUGCUUGCUUGCAGGAUUCUCAGAGCUAUAUACAUUUUUAUACCAAUAUUAACAAAUAUAGGUACAAACUUCUGGUCUUAAAGUCAUGGAGAUAUAUGUACAGCAUGGUGACCAUAAUUAAUAAUACUUUAUUGUAUAUUUGAAAGUUGCUAACAGGGUAGGUCUUUAAAGCUCUCAUCACAAGAAAAAAAAGUUGUCACUAUGUGUGGAGGUGGAUAUUAACUAGACUUACCGUGGUGAUGAUUUUGCAAUACAUACAGAUAUCAAAUCAUUGUUACACACUUGAAAACUAAUAUAAUCUUAUAUAUCGAUUAUACUUCAAUUAAAAAAACAAAUAUAUAAAAAAUAACAAGAGGCUGUAAGGAAAUAACACUAAAAUGUAUCAAAAAUAUUAACAGUGGGAUGGUGGUUAAUUGUAAUUUUCUUCUCUCUUUUUAUUUUUGGUACUUUUCUAAAAUUUCAACCAUAGGAAGGUUUGGUUUCACUGUGAUUGUUUUUUAACCAGAAAAGUAACAGUAGAUGUGAUUUUGGAAAACAGUUUGAAGGGGUGAGCUCCCUGUCACCAAGCAGAUGGAAGUGGCCUAGGGAAGGGGCUGAGCUCCAAUCAGAGACGGGCUUUUGAGAACACACAAGUGUAAGAACCCUAUAUGGAGGGAAGGUAACCACGGAGAUGGGGAUUUAUGGUUUACAACGUAGAUAAAUACAAGGCACUGGCCAUGCAGGGGAAGCCUGUCUCAGACUUGGAAAGGGGAUGACUGGGAGAAGCUGUCAUCUCUACUGUUACCACUCCAAAAACUUGUGCUAGAGCAGUUGUUCUCAAAGUGUAGUCCCCAGACCGGCAAUAUCAGCAUCCUGUGGAGGCUUGUGAGAAAUGUGCAGUCUCAGGUCCUCAGCCCAGCGCUGCCAAACCAGAAACCCCAAGUGGGUGCGGCUGGGAGUGGUUGGGUGGGGUCCGAGGAGGUAGGCAGAACUCUGUGUUUUAACAACGGCUGCAGGGGACUCUGAUGUGCGCUGGAGCGUGAGAACCACUGGUGUAGAGAACCAGGGUCCUGUCCCUGGGCUUUUCGGAACGAAUCAGUGACUUUUUGUCAGGUCAAGUCCUGAGCUGGACUUGACGUUAGACGGGUGUCUCUGAAGUUCCUCUUGCAUCUGUGAUUCCAGAUGCAGCACCUGGGUGUGAAUCCUGUCCCCACUUCCGCCAGACUGCCUCUCUCUGAUUCUCAGUUGUUUCAUCUAUAAAAGAGAGACUCCCCCUUUUGGGUAGUUGGGAGGGCUGAAUGAAGCUUUGACACAUAGUAGCUGGUCAAAUGGAAGCUGUUGUUAGUUACAAUAACAAGUAAUGAACACUUAAGGAACUUCCAGAAGCAAUUAUAUAAACAAUAAUGUUAACUAGCGUUUAUUGGUGCUUAUUGAUUCCAUGCCAGGCAGUUUAGCCUUGUAAAAAUUCAGUGAGGCACUCCUGAACCACCUCACAGAUAAGAAAUAACGUAAGACAGUGAUUAUACGUGUGGAUGUGCAAUGUGUACCACCUGGCUUCAAAUACCCAACCCUGUUACUCCCUAGCUGGGUGACUUUGGGCAAAUAACCUCUCUGUGCCUCAAUUUCCUCACUUACAAAGUAGGAACUAAUAAUAGUAUUUCCCUUUUUGGGGUUGUUGUUAUUAAAUGAGUUAUUGUAUAACGUUCCUAGAAUAGCGACUGACACAUGGUAAGGGCUAUAUAAGAUAUCAUGAAAAACUGAGGCUCUAAGAGGUCAUUGACCAAGGUCAACGGUGUAGGAAGUGAGGAACUGGGAAUCAAGCCUUGGGCUGUGUGAUUCCAGAGCCUGGCCUGUCAACCACAGUAUCUGAGCUGACUCAGCUCAAGGACUGAGGGUCCCAGCCAUCCAAAGACCCAGGGCCAAGGUCAGGAAGAGUUUUGCAUCCCAGAAACCCCAUCCUCAUGCAAAUCAGGGAUCUGGGGGAGCACCUGGAAUCUGCACCAACUUCUGUCACUUGCAGCCAGGGAUCCCUAAUGCAGCUUCACACCUUCCAGGUUCUUACUGGAGACAAUCCUUCCAAGAGGAGGUCGCACACCAUUCCCUGGAGUUUCUUCCUUCUGGGGCCUUUAACAUUUCGAUUCCUGUGAGUCCGGAAAGUCUCAGUUGUGAUAUUGUCCUAUAAUUCGGUAAGAUAUUUUCUUUGGGGGAAAUUAGGUAAAGGGUACAUGGGACCUGUCUGUGUUAUUUCUUACAACUUCAUGGGAAUCUACAAUUCUCCCCAAAAUUUAAGUUUAAUUUUAAAAAGAGAAGAAAAAAGUCCCCAUCAUAAGUCUCAUUUACAGAGGUUCUUUUGCAUAUGGUUUCCAUGCACCUGCAUCUGGGACUGAAAUACACUGAAACUCAGACUAUCCAAGCAGUCCCUGCAGGGGAAAAGACCAUGACUUCUAGCAAAAAGUACCUGGGGAUGCCCAGCCCCCACGGCCCCCUGCAUUAUUAACAAUGACCUUCAUUUGCUUGAGACAAAUGCCUUCCUUCUGUCCAUGAGUUUAGCCUGUUUCUAUCAAAUCCCACACCUGCCUGCUGCUCACAGAACUUCAUUCCCAAGAUGAGCGUGAAUUCAUGGGCAUUUAAGCGUGAUGGAGUUAGACACGGAGGACACGGAGGACAAAUUUUUUUAGAAUAAUGGCUGCUUGGAAGCAGAGAGCUCUUAUCAGUUCUUAAAAAAAAUCACUCUACUAAUGAAGUCUCCGGCUGCCACUGUUUUUGCUUUUUCUCUCAUGGGCCAGUGACUGACACCUGGAGAGGUGCACCUGGAUCGCUCCCCCAGAUCUCAGAUCCCCCGGUGGAGAUUGGCAGCAAGGGGAGGGGGAGGGGCAGAGAGUGCCUGCCUUCAAGGAGCUGAUCAUCUUUUGGAUGCUCUUUCUCCCUCCUCCCCCACCAUUAUUAAGGGCUUCCUUCUCCACAGUGACGGACCUAAUUUACGCAAAUUCAAAAUAAUGCGAUGAAAAAUAUUACUAAGAUCUCAAUGUUUGUGACUUCCUGAAAUGGUGCCAGCCUUCCCCACCCCCAUCAGCAAGUCAUCUAAAAUUCCCCCUAACUUCAAAACGCCUUGGGUGUGUGGACUGUAGAUUGCAUCUACUCUAUUGCUCAUUGGCAGUACAGGCUGGUGCAUAAGAAAAGCCAAUGUCUUUUGCAUUUGGGGAAAUUUGGAUUAUAUGAAAUAUUUGCAAAGAUAGUGUUUGAACAAAGUGCAGAUAUCUUAUACUUCACCAGCCACUGCCUGUUCACUUGUAGGGAAAAGAGAAAGACCAAAGCAAAAUCAGAAAGACAUGAAGAAGUUCACUACACUCUAGGGUAACGGUUCUCAAAGUGGAGGCCUGCAAGGUUAUGAAACUCUUUUUCAUAAUAAUAUUUAGACACUAUUUUCCUUUUUCGCUCUCAUUCUUUCACCAGCAUAUGUGGAAUCUUUCAGAGCUUAUGUGACAUGUGAUAUCACAAAAGACUGAAUGCAGACAUGAGAAGCCAGCUGUCUUCUAUUAAGCCAGACUUUAAAGAUAUUUGCAAAAAGGGAAAACAAUGCUACGUUUCUCAAUAAUUUUUUUGGAAAAUGUAAUUAUUUCUCAUAAAAAUAUGGUCUUUUGUUAACAUGCAAUGGGUUUAUCAUUGUUGUUUUUAAA